GUUACAACAUCAGCCGUUAGAAGAAUUUUAAAGCAAAAACCCUGCUUCAGGUCGUAAACCAAACAGUCUGCAAAGGAUUCUCAAAGCAAACGUUUCAGAAGUUGAACACUGGUAACGACGCGCUAAGAAAGUGGUAAUAAAAAUAUUUAUUUAAAACAAAUUAAACACAAAAUUUUUUGAAAAAAAAAUUAAAGGAAGCUUUUUUUUCGCGUGUAAAAAAAAAAUAAAUAAAAAUUGUGCAAAUAAAUUUUUAACAUUCACAAGUAAUUUUUGUCUGCAAUUAAGUGGUGUGAGUAAAGUUUCAGCGGAAGUGCACGCAACACACAAGCCAACGGCAAGCGGACGAAGAAUUAAGCAGGAAACGCAAUAACUGCUCUCCAAUUCACGGCUUACAGAAAAUGGCAUUGGAAAUUAUUCGCUCUGAAAUAAUCGCACAUUUUUGAUAGCUGUUUCCUCUACACUAACAGAAACUCGAACAAUCUUUACUUUAAGAAAAGCUUAAAGAAAACCCCGUUACACCCGCAACUCACACCCCUAAUCAAAGAAAUAGUUAUUUUUAGAACAGUAACAAGGUAAUUACGCAUAUUCUAAGUUAUGGAGUCACCCAGUGCAGCUACCGCUUCAGCUGCUGCCGCCGCAGCUGCCGCAAAGCGCGUACAAAUCGAGAAGGCCCAUAAUUUCAUGCGCCAAUAUCGUGAUCCGGAAUCGCGUGAAUUGAAAAAAUUGUCGGCUAAUCAAUUUAUGGAUGUGUGGGCACAUUACGACAAAGAUGGUAACGGUUACAUUGAAGGCACAGAAUUAGAUGGCUUCCUGCGCGAAUUUGUAUCGAGUGCAAAUGCCACUGAUAUUAGUCCAGAAGCUGUCACCGACACAAUGCUUGAGGAGCUGAAAUCUUGUUUCAUGGAGGCUUACGAUGAUAAUCAGGAUGGCAAAAUUGACAUUAGAGAGCUUGCUCAACUUUUACCAAUGGAGGAGAAUUUCCUUUUGCUCUUUCGUUUCGAUAAUCCACUGGAAUCCAGUGUUGAAUUUAUGAAGAUUUGGCGUGAAUAUGACACUGAUAAUUCUGGCUACAUUGAAGCUGAUGAGCUGAAAAACUUUUUACGCGAUUUGCUCAAGGAAGCCAAGAAAAUUAAUGAUGUCUCUGAGGAUAAAUUAAUUGAAUACACCGAUACGAUGUUGCAAGUUUUCGACGCCAACAAGGAUGGACGUCUGCAGCUCUCCGAAAUGGCCAAAUUGCUUCCGGUAAAAGAGAAUUUCCUCUGUCGCCAGGUUUUCAAG